AUGAAGAUGAUCCUGGUGCGCAGGUUCCGCGUGCUCAUCCUGAUGGUGUUCCUGGUGGCCUGUGCGCUGCACAUCAUGCUGGACCUGCUGCCCAAGCUGGAACGGCGCUCCGCGCGGCCGGCAGGCGAAUCCGGCUGCUCGUGCGCGCAGCCUGCAGCAGAGGUGGACGCCCCCGACUGGGCCCAAGCGCGCGGCCGACCCGGGGAGCCCCCGGCCGCCGCCGCAGCUGCGGAGCCCGGCUGGCCCAACAAGCACACACUGCGCAUCCUCCAGGACUUCAGCUCCGACCCUUCCUCCAACCUGACGUCCCACUCGCUGGAGAAGCUGCAGCCAGCAGAGCCUGCCGAGCGGGCCUGGCGAGGACGGGACCUGGGCGCCACGCAGCCCCGAGACUCUGCACCUCGACCGAUGCUCCGUGACCACGGCCCACGGAUUUCAGCGCCGCCUCAGGGUCCCAGCGGGGAAGGGUCGCUAUUGGCCAAGCUGUUUGAACACCCGCUGUAUCGAGUGGCCAUUCCUCCGCUGACAGAAGACGACGUGCUGUUUAAUGUCAACAGCGACAUUAGGUUCAACCCCAAAGCAGCAGAGAACUCAGACUGGCCACAGGAGAGUAACCAAGGGGAAGACUCCCUGCCCACGGGGCCCGUGGCUGUGGAUGCCUAUCCAAAUUGGCUGAAAUUCCACAUUGGUAUCAACCGCUACGAGCUGUACUCACGACACAACCCUGCCAUCGAGGCAUUGCUGCAUGACUUGGGCUCCCAGAAGAUCACCAGCGUUGCCAUGAAGUCGGGGGGCACACAGCUCAAGCUCAUCAUGAUGUUCCAGAAUUACGGGCAGGCGCUGUUCAAGCCCAUGAAACAAACGAGGGAGCAGGAGACACCGCCUGACUUCUUUUAUUUCUCUGAUUAUGAGAGGCACAAUGCAGAAAUUGCUGCCUUCCACCUAGACAGGAUCCUGGAUUUCCGCCGUGUCCCUCCUGUGGCAGGCAGGAUGAUCAACAUGACCAAGGAAAUCAGAGACGUCACUCGAGACAAGAAAUUGUGGAGAACCUUCUUCAUCUCGCCAGCCAACAACAUCUGCUUUUACGGAGAGUGCUCCUACUACUGCUCCACGGAGCACGCGCUGUGUGGGAGGCCUGACCAGAUCGAGGGCUCGCUGGCUGCCUUCCUGCCCGACCUGUCGCUGGCCAAGCGGAAGACGUGGCGGAAUCCCUGGAGACGCUCCUACCACAAGCGCAAGAAGGCCGAGUGGGAGGUGGACCCUGACUACUGUGAGGAGGUGAAGCAGACACCGCCCUAUGACAGCCCACACCGCAUCCUGGACCUCAUGGACAUGACCAUCUUCGACUUCCUCAUGGGAAACAUGGAUCGUCACCACUAUGAGACCUUCGAGAAGUUUGGAAAUGAGACAUUCAUUAUCCACCUGGACAAUGGAAGAGGGUUCGGGAAGCACUCCCACGAUGAGCUCUCCAUCCUGGUACCAUUACAGCAGUGCUGCAGGAUCAGGCGGUCCACUUACCUGCGGCUGCAGCUCCUGGCCAAGGAGGAGUACAAACUGAGCCUCCUGAUGGCGGAGUCCCUGCGCACGGACCGCGUGGCACCGGUGCUCUACCCACUGCACUUGGAGGCGCUGGACCGGCGACUGCGUCUGGUGCUGCGCACCGUGGGGGACUGUGUGGACAAGGUUGGGCUGGGCAGCGUGGUGGAGGACGACCUGGGCUCGGACCACACAGCUGCCACGACUGCUGCAGCUCUGCUGGAGGGUCUCCAGGUAGACGCCUGGACGGGCUGCACCAAGUGUGGGACCUCAGAGUGA